AUGGCGCAAUCACCAAAGUCGCCGCGCGACUCUCUGUCAUCCGUCUCGACCACCAGCUUUGUAUUCGACCAGAUUGACGAGCGAGAAAAGCUGGCCGCUCAGCGCAACCUUUCCGAUUUCAACGACGACGAUCCCCUCAGCCACGGCGAUGAUGAUGAUGAGACGGGCGCCUUCUUGCCUUCGGCUGGCAGGAUCAAUGGCAAAGGCCGGCCGAUGGACCGGAAACUGAAGCGGAUACUCAUUGCGCUGGCCGUCGUGUUUGCUGCAGCCUGGGGCAUCGGUCUCUUUAGUUUCAUAUCAUCAAAGUCGUACCAGAACACUUCAGAGGUAGAGCACGAUCCCUCGGCUACUGGCUACCGCGGAUCUGGCAAGAAGAUCAGCCUCGACUUGGUACAGUCCGGGUUCUUUUCGCCUACAAGCCAUGGGAUCAGCUGGAUCGAAGGCGCCAACGGUGAGGAUGGCUUAUUGCUUGAACAAGGGGCCAUGAAGAAGGACUAUCUGGUGGUUGAGGAUGUUCGAAGCCUCAAUGCGGAACAUGCUGCCGCCAACGGAGAGGUUCUUGCAAAGCAGACUCUUAUGCGCAAUGGCUGGUUCGACUACAAGGAUCGACAAAUCAGCCCGCAACAAGUCUGGCCGAGCCCCGACUUGAAAAAAGUCCUGAUUGCUACAGACGUAAAGAAGAACUGGAGGUGGUCAUUCACUGCUGUUUACUGGGUCUUUGAUGUGGCCUCCCAAACUGCAGAGCCUUUGGACCCGCUCAACCCAGAUCUCAGGGUGCAGCUCGCACAAUGGAGUCCGCAGAGCAAUGCCGUGGCCUAUACAAGCAACAACAACCUAUACGUCCGCCGCAUUGAGGGUUCCAACGUGGUUCAGGUCACAAAGGACGGUGGUCCCGAAUACUUUUAUGGAAUUCCUGACUGGGUCUACGAGGAGGAGGUCUUUGGAGGAAACAGUGCAACAUGGUGGUCAGAGGAUGGCGCCUAUUUGACCUUUUUGCGAACCAACGAGACUCUUGUCCCAGAGUAUCCCGUGCAAUACUUUAUCGAACGCCCGAGUGGCACGAACCCGCCGCCAGGGGAGGAGUCAUAUCCAGAGGUGCGACAGAUCAAGUACCCCAAGGCUGGCUCACCCAACCCAUUUGUAGAUCUUCUCUUCUACGACAUGAGCCGGGGCGAUAUGUUUGCCGUUGAUAUUGCUGGUGGUUUUGCUCCUGAUGAUCUUCUAAUCACAGAAGUUGUUUGGGCCCGUGACAAAGUGCUGGUCAAGGAGACGAACCGAGUGAGCGACGUCAUGCGUGUAGUUCUCGUCGAUGUCAUUGCCCGCACCGGCAAGACUGUACGGACAGAUGAUGUUGGCCAGAUUGACGGCGGUUGGUUUGAGAUUUCCCAGGACACUCAAUACAUCCCAGCCGAUCCUAGCAACGGUCGACCUGAGGAUGGCUACAUUGACACGGUUGUAUAUGGCAAUGGAGAUCACCUGGCAUACUUCACACCUUUGGACAAUCCGGAGCCAAUCAUGCUUACCUCUGGCAAAUGGGAAGUCGAUGGCGGCCCGCAAGCAGUCGAUCUCAAGAACAACUUGGUUUACUUCCGUGCCACCAAAGAAUCUUCGAUUCAACGCCAUAUCUACAGCGUGAAGCUAGACGGAACAGAUAUCAAGUCAAUUACCGAUACUUCAAAGGAAGGCUACUAUUCAGCAUCGUUCUCUAGCAAGGCUGGCUAUGUCCUCCUUUCCUACCAAGGGCCUAGCAUUCCUUGGCAAAAAGUCCUCAGCACUCCCGGUAACCAGGUCUCUUACAGCCAUCUUAUUGAAGAGAACAAAGACUUGGCUGCCAGAGCCCAGAAGUACGAAUUGCCUCUUCUCGAGUACGGCACUAUUCAUGUUGACGGAUUUGAUUUCAACUAUGUCGAACGACGGCCACCUCACUUUAAUCCGAAUAAGAGGUACCCAAUCUUGUUUCAGCAGUACCAGGGCCCCGGAUCGCAAUCAGUAUCGAAGGCUUUCAAGGUUGAUUUCCAGUCGUAUAUCGCAGCAGGACUUGGCUAUGUCGUGGUCACUGUUGAUGGCCGAGGCACUGGCUUCAUUGGCCGAGAAGCUCGUGUCGUGGUGCGCAAGAACCUUGGCCGUUGGGAGUCCCACGACCAGAUUGCCGCUGGAAAGAUCUGGGCUGCCAAGCCAUAUAUUGACGCCAAUCGCGUCGCCAUUUGGGGUUGGUCGUAUGGCGGAUUCAAUACGCUGAAGACUCUUGAACAAGACGCUGGUCAGACAUUUAAAUACGGCAUGGCAGUCGCCCCUGUGACGGACUGGAGAUUCUACGACAGUAUCUAUACAGAGAGGUAUAUGCUGACUCCCCAGGAAAACGCCGCGGGCUACGAUGAUACCGCCAUCAGCAACGCUACGGCUCUCUCGGGCAAUGUUCGAUUCCUAAUUAUGCAUGGUGUCGCCGACGACAAUGUUCACAUGCAAAACACCUUGACAUUGCUUGACAAGCUAGAUCUUGCUGGAGUGGAAAACUAUGAUCUGCACAUGUUCCCGGACAGUAACCACGGCAUUUACUUUCACAAUGCGAACCAGAUUGUAUACGACAAAUUGGUUAACUGGCUCAUCAAUGCUUUCAAUGGCGAGUGGCUGAAGAUUGCUGAUCCGAAGCCCAUCGUGGAGGCUCGAAAGAGGGAACUAGAGGAGGCCAGGAAGAGAAUGAGUAUCUCUGUGAACUAA